CUCGCUCCCUGCCUCUUCUCCUGCUGGAAGCAGAAAUUUGGUCCGCAGAGCCUGUUGAGACCGUUGUGAAAGGGGCUCUGUUUAUGCUAGGCAAUUGAUUUGUCAGCAAAAGUUGGCUUUAUUUUUUCCCACCAGCCCCUCUAGCCCGCUGGCUGUUGAGAGUUGUGUAGGACGCAGUGCAGUUCGUGUAUUUUUUUAAGACUAUAACAAUUACCAGAUUAACUGAAGCAAUGGCUCUCAAAGAUACGGCUAUAAUUAGGUCAGGCUGUCUUGUUUGCUAAACUCCCCUGCAUGGCAGCGGGGCUGAACUUUGGGCCUUUUUUUAGGAUUGCUGUCAGCCUCGCGGGGCGAAGGACACUGGGCAGCGAGCGGCGCUUUGCUGCCUCUCCGCAGGAGUGACGCCGUCAUCCCGCCGUGCCCGGCGCGGCGUGCCGAGCUGCCAUGGGGAACACCACGAGCGAGCGGCUCUCCGGCGAGCGCCACGGCUCCAAGUCGCACCGCUCGGACGGCUCCAGCGCUGCCCACUCCGCCAAGGAGCACCCGCACAAGAUCAUGGUGGGCAGCACCGACGACCCCACUGUUUUCAGCUCCCAUGACUCCAAGGUUCCUGGGGACAAGGAGUUCGUAUCCUGGCAGCCGGACCUGGAAGAGGCAGUGAAACCAUCCCAGCAAGCUCGUCCCACUGUCAUCCGCUGGGCCGAUGGGGGCAAAGAGGUCUUCAUCUCUGGGUCCUUCAACAACUGGAGUGCCAAGAUCCCACUUAUCAAGAGCCACAAUGACUUUGUUGCUAUCCUCGACCUCCCUGAAGGAGAGCACCAGUACAAAUUUUUCGUGGAUGGCCAGUGGGUCCAUGAUCCUUCUGAGCCCGUAGUCACCAGCCAAAUGGGGACAAUUAACAACCUGAUUCACGUCAAGAAGUCAGACUUCGAGGUGUUCGAUGCCUUGAAGGUGGAUUCUCUGGAGAGCUCAGAACCCUCAGGUCGGGACCUGUCGAGCUCGCCGCCUGGGCCUUACGGCCAAGAGAUGUACGUCUACCGGGCCGAGGAGCGCUUCAAAUCCCCACCCAUCCUGCCACCUCAUCUCCUCCAGGUCAUCCUCAACAAAGACACCAACAUCUCGUGCGACCCAGCUCUGCUGCCUGAACCCAACCACGUCAUGCUCAACCACCUCUAUGCACUCUCUAUCAAGGACGGCGUCAUGGUGCUCAGCGCCACGCACCGCUACAAGAAGAAGUACGUCACCACGCUGCUCUACAAGCCCAUCUGAGCUGGCGCCGCGCGGGACACGACACACCGCUUGCUGGGCACGUGCUGGGCCACAGGACUGCGUGAGAACUGGCUGCAGGCUCCAGCCUCGCACGUGGCAGGGACACAAGCCCCAGCGAUGAGCCGGGCCUGUGACACUGUCCCAUCCUACUGGCGUGGUUUGAUUUAACCCUUGGUUUCCACCCAUCUACAGCUCUUCUGGCUUCUGGAAGUCCCCAGGGGCCACUUUGCUGCUCACCAAAAUCACCACCCCAGCUCCCCACACAGAAAGGGCUUCCCCCUACCCCUCUUCCUGAGCCUGCAGGGGCCCUGGGGCUGCCUUGGCACUGCCCUGCUGUUGCUGUGCUGCUCUGUUGCCGUCCCUCCAAGGCUGCCUUGGGCCCUAGGGGUUCUGCCAUGCAUCCCCCGAGUCCCUCAACCUUGGCUUUCAGACAUCCCCUUCGCGGUGCUCCCAGCUUUGUGGAGAACUCUCACCUCUGUCCGCGUGGCUGCCAGCGGCACCAGCCCCGUGGUUCAGCUUGGAGCAGGGAGGGAGGGUGCUGCUGGAUGCAGCCACGCUUGCCCUGCUGUCAGCACGGGCCCGAGGGGGCCCUGU